AAACGUCGUGGUGUCGAGAAAGAAGGUUGUUGAAGAUUGGAGAAAGAUGGACGAGGUUGUGGUGGAGCCUCAACGGCCAACAAUUUGGCGGAUGACGAUUGAUUGCUUUGCUUGCUUUGCUUCGCUUGGUUUCUCAUUUCUCUCUUGUUCUCCCUCCCCAGCCAUCUCCAUUAUCUUUCCUCCACAAAACUCGAUUUUCACUUUCAUGCGAUGAGAUAGAGCAGGGCCGCAAAGGCCAUUUGAUUGUCCUGUUUCUGUUUUUGACUCUUGAUCGUUUCAUCUGAUCCGCGCGGCUGAAUCUCUGUACUGUAACUACUUACUCCACAAGGGAUCCUGCGAUCUUCCCUACUGCAGUUCGAGUCGCUCGCACCCUCUUCGCGAGGUAAAGCCAUGGCCGCCGCCAGCCUCGAUCAGCUUGUCAAAGGCUCUCCUGCAGCCCAGUCGUCCGACUCGUCGACUUCUGCAGCUCCAUACAAUGGAUCCCCGACAUCCGACUCCUCUUCCCCGCCACGCCCGGCCACGCCCGAUGCAUACUCGAACUUGCCUUCGUCACCACCCCAGAUAUACCUUAAUCUCCUCAUACUGGAAAGCUCGCUGCGAGCUCAGUAUCUAGCCCUGCGCGAACGUCGCAGGCAGAAUACUUUUUUCCUGCUGUUGCUGGCUAUCUGGAUCACCUAUUUCGCUUACGCACUGUUCCUCCGGCCCCGCGAGGAUGGCCGCGGAGUGGGUGGGUCGGUCUACUGGGUGGUCGAAAUGGGCGAGAAAGUCGCUCUUCUUGGAGGCGUCGUCACUGCCCUACUGGUCUGGGGUACGGGACAAUGGGAGCGUGGGGUGCGGUGGCCGCGGCGCUGGCUCGCCGUGGCCAACCGUGGCCUUCGCACCAUGAAUACCAAAAUCGUCGUCAUUCGAGGUCCCUGGUGGCAGGAGUUGCUCUCCUAUAUCUCCUUUCUAUUUCCAUUCAUUGAUCCCUUCUCCCCGUCGCCCAUCGGGGACUUCCACUACAUCGAGCGUCCUGUGUCCGAGAAACGCGGUAGUCGGCAGCACUACCAGCAGUAUUACGGGCAGGACACAGAAUCGGGUCUUGUACAGGAAGACCUCAGUCCAGGAGGUGACUACAUUCGGCUGCUUCUCCUCCCGAAAUCGUUCUCCCCAGAAUUCCGCGAGAACUGGGACGACUAUCGUACCGACUUUUGGGAGAAAGAGAACGAGCGCCGUGCUCAAUUGCGCCAGAAGCUGCUCCAGAAGGAGCGUCAGAUAGCUCAGCAGGACCGCGGCUGGUUCUGGUGGAUUGGGUCUGGCUGGAAGACCUCGCAGCGUCGCCGACUCGCCGCAGCAACCCUCGGCCGGUCCAGCGAAACCGGUCCCCAACACCGUCACCAUCACCACUCCAGUAUCUCCUCCAAACAUAGUCUCGAGCCCAAGUCCCCCGCACGACGGGGUACUCGCUCUGAAUCGCAUUCCCGAACCCCUUCCCGAAGCACCACCCCCGUGGACACGGACGAGCGGCCCCCGUCGCGAUCGUCUAUCAGCGGCCGCCCACGCCGGGGCAGCACCAGCCCGAUUUCUAGCCUAGAUCACGCGCACCAUCUGCUGCAGCAACAACAACAGCAGCAACAGCGCAAGAAGAAAAGCGCUAAACCGGCCACCCGUGGCCUCUCACCAUUGACACAAGCACCAGUCCGCGAGGGUGUACUACGCACCCCGUCCUUUUCAUCUGAUGAUUCCUCCUCGAUAAGAGGCAGUACUCCGGGCGAUACAAAAUGAAGAAGCAAAUAAUUCACCCCAACAUAAAGAAACCAUCAAUCCCCCACACAAAAGAUAACGGGUGGCAGACUCGCCAAUUCUCUGCCACUCGAGAAAUCCAGGCAGAACUUCUUGACCUUCAACCGCAUGAAAAUCUCGAUAAUUAUACCCCGUGGGUCCUAAAUCCUCCUCCAUCCCUCAAAUGCUCAAGCGCCUUAGUCCCUUUUCUGUCCUGAUGUAGACUUCCCUACCAGUGUGUUGUCUGUGUGUGAGUGUGUGGCUUCCUCCAGCUUCCUCUCGCCUCUUCUCUUCUGUUCUUUUCAUUCUGUCGCCAGCAGAUAUCUUUUCGUUCCUCCCCCUCUACUCUUCUCUUUAAUACCCGGUUAUAUCUCUAUGUAUCUUGUAUUCAUGUUGCGAAAUUUGGACAUUGAGAGGAAGGAUAAUGGCAUGAUUUGAA